ACCGACCGCAAAAGGCGCAUCUUAGCACUGAUCCCUUGUUUCUCACACGGUCACACCCAUAUAUACGCACCCGUGUACAUAACGAUUCCUUUAACGAACUGUUUCUCCAAAACCUUCGCGAAGUUUCACUUCGCUCUCAUCAUCAGAAAUCUCUGCUGCUUGCGAUCUCGGUGGAUCGUUGAUGCUCGAAGUAGAGCAAGAUGCUGACAAGUCUACUGUUCAUGUAAAGGGGACGCAAUUUGCUAUAGGAAAUUUGUGAGACCUUAAUUUAUAAAGCAUGGCCCCCUUUGGACCUGUUGUAGCAUCGUCCUUUGGACCUGUUGUAGCACCGUCCCUGGUGAUAAGUGAUGAAGGAAUCAAUACCCCGCAGAGUUUGAAUUUGUUAGAAAGAAGAUGCCAAACUUGACCCUGUUCAUAUUUUCCUUGUAUCCCACCAACAGAACAAGUGGUCUGGUGUGGAGGUUGAUCCUAUUGUGGCAUGUGGAUACGUCUGCGUGAUUCUUCCUCCACAUACAAGCGGAUGCCGUCCAGAGAAUAUGCUAACCCAGUAGAUAUCGAAGAAAAUUCAGCUCUUUUGCAGAACGGUAUGGAUCAAGAGACUUCAAGUCCCUCUUGGAAGCUCUCUGUCCCACAUGUCCUUGUGGCAACUCUAGUUGCAUUCUUAUUUGGCUACCAUAUGGGAGUAGUUAAUGAACCGCUUGAGAGCAUUUCAACUGAUCUUGGUUUUAGUGGGAAUACUUUGGCUGAAGGUUUAGUGGUCAGUACAUGUCUGGCUGGUGCAUUUGUUGGGUCCCUACUCAGUGGUUGGAUUGCUGAUGGGGUUGGGCGCCGUAAGGCUUUUCAGUUGUGUGCUCUGCCUAUGAUUAUUGGCGCUUCUAUCAGUGCAAUGACCAACAAUUUGGAAGGUAUGCUUCUUGGGAGGUUUUUGGUUGGGACUGGAUUGGGCGUGGGUCCCCCUGUUACAUCUCUCUAUGUCACAGAGAUUUCUCCAGCUUUUGUGAGGGGUACGUAUGGAAGCUUCAUUCAGAUUGCAACCUGCCUUGGACUUAUUGGCGCUCUGUUCAUUGGAAUGCCCGUAAAAAAUACUGCUGGCUGGUGGCGUGUAUGUUUCUGGGUAUCUGCGAUUCCAGCUGCGAUACUAGCUCUUGCCAUGGUAUUCUGUGCAGAGAGCCCACAUUGGCUGUACAAGCGUGGAAGAAUUGCUGAAGCUGAAGCUGAAUUUGAGAAGCUUUUAGGAGGAUCUCAUGUCAAAUCUGCAAUGGCAGAAUUGUCCAAGUCGGACAGAGGGGAUGAGACUGAUAGUAUGAAGUUCUCGGAGUUGCUUUAUGGUCGCCAUUUCAGAGUUGUUUUUAUUGGAUCAACCCUAUUUGCUUUACAACAGCUAUCAGGAAUAAAUGCUGUGUUUUAUUUCUCUUCAACUGUAUUUAGAAGUGCGGGAGUAUCAUCAAACCUUGCGAACAUCUUCGUAGGGAUUGCAAACUUGUUAGGAUCUAUUAUUGCAUUGAUUUUGAUGGAUAAACUAGGGAGGAAGGUCCUUCUUAUGUGGAGCUUCUCUGGCAUGGCAUUAUCCAUGGCCUUGCAAGUCACUGCAGCUGGUCUUCCUGGAUCAGGUUCUGGAGCUUUAUACCUGUCUGUUGGUGGAAUGCUGCUGUUCGUGUUGACAUUUGCUGUUGGAGCUGGUCCAGUUCCUGGUCUCCUCCUACCAGAGAUUCUCCCUAGCCGAAUUAGGGCCAAAGCUAUGGCAUUUUGUAUGUCAGUGCACUGGGUGUUCAAUUUCUGUGUGGGCUUGCUGUUCUUGCCUUUACUUGAGCAUCUUGGGCGACGGCUCUUGUACUCCAUUUUUGGUACCUUCUGUUUGCUUGCGGUGGUUUUUGUGAAGAGGAAUGUGAUGGAAACAAAAGGGAAAACUCUUCAAGAAAUUGAGAUCGCUCUUCUUCCACAAGACUGAAGGUGAUUUUUCUUGUUUAGUUCGUGUUUUCACCUGGAAAUUAUUUAUUGCUGUGCAAGCCUGAAGGUUGGUUCAUGUUUCCGGCAGAUGUUGCGAAUGCUGCUGAAUAUAUUGUCAAAAGUUGAAGUUCUUAGAAGAUGGAAGCUUGGACACCUCCCGACUUUGCUAAAUAUCUUAAUUUGGAUUGGGCUACAUUUUGGAGUUCCAAUCAUCAUCUUCGUUCAAGUGGUGCUUCAGUCACCGUUUACAUUUGAAUCGAAAGAAAUAUUGCCCUAUAGCUGCUUAUAAUGUCUGUAUCUCAGAGAACUGUUAUUUAGUGGUACGGAUGAUUAGUCCUAGAACUUCCAACUUCAUCAGUUUGAGGAUGCUAGAAUUUCACUUGUAUGAAACGAAGAUGUCGCGUGGGCCCUUUAUGAUUCAUAGGAAUGUUAUAUGUAUAAAAUAAAAGAUUUUUCCUCGAAUUA